AUGGCACCGAAAACCAGUGGAAAGGCCGCUAAGAAGUCUGGAAAGGCGCAGAAAGUCAUCGUCAAGGGAGAGAAGAAGAAGAGGAGACAGCGCAGGAAGGAAAGCUAUGCCAUCUACAUCUACAAGGUGUUAGCGGACUCGGUCACAUGGAACCCACAUAAACUGAUGGGAGCUCUUCUGCAAUGCUCAACGAUUAACUUUAAGGAGGAUGGACUUCUGAUCAGCUGUAACCAGAUGUCGGCUGAGUAUCUCUUCAUGACCGACAAGUUGUAUGACAUCAGCUACGAUACUGGUGACAAAGUUAUCCAGUGUGGACGUCACAACGACAUUUUCAAACUGUGGCUACAGUGGCGUUCCAAGGGUACCGAAGGAUUUGAGAAGCAUAUGGACCAGAUGAUGGAGAUGGCCGAGUACCAGGUGAAGCGAAUCAAGGAACAAUCGGACAAAUUUUACCUUAUCUUGGAACCGGAGUGCGUAAAUGUAUCGUUCUGGUACAUUCCAAAGAGAUUACGAGGAGUUCCUCAUGACGCAAAGAAGGAAACGGAACUUGGAAAAAUCUGUCCCAUCAUCAAGUCCCGUAUGAUGCAGUCCGGUACAUUGAUGGUUGGCUACCAGCCAGACGAUCGGCGUCCCAACUUCUUCCGGUCAAUUAUCUCGUCAAUCGCCGUCAUCAAGUCCGACGUCGAUUUUAUGCUCAAUGAGAUUGACCGUCUUGGUCAAGAUCUAUAAGGUGGAAACAAUAGCAAUACUUUAUUGGAUCUUAAUUCGCAACUAGACUUAAAUUGGAAGACUCUCCAUCUAUUCGCUGAGUAUCGAGAGCAAUCUUGGCGUUUGAAAACAGUAAGAAACUGCCCUGUCACACCUUUUCGACAGUUUCAUUGGAGUUCAGAAGAAUCGUACAUUUGUCAACCAAGGAGUAUCAUUUUCAAUGACAUAUCAAUGACAUAUUACCUUAAUAUAUAGGUUGAAUUUUAUUAAUUUACAGUUACAUAUGAUCUGCAAACCUAAGAAUUUGCAAUUUAAUAUUGACUAGUUAAUAGAACCCGCAUCUGUUAUAUUUACCACGUUUUUGUUUGUAUGAACAUAUCGUUGGUUUUAACAUAAAACUAACGACAUAAAAUCAAAAUUCAAACCACGCGUUUAUGGAUAUAUCCAAACGAACAAACUGAAACGAAGUCUCUUAACAAAUUACAACUAAACCAUAGUAAAAGUAUUUACGGAAAUUGACUGUUGCGAACGAUUAAACCAGAAAGAAUUAUAUAUACAAAAUAUAUAUACUAUAUACAGAGUACACGCAUUCUCCCAUUAUCUAUAUACAUGUUCAUCCUGUUUCGCAAUUGAGUACUGGUGACAGAAAUAAUGUACCUUAAAGGCAUAAAUUCAAACGGUUAAUUUGUUCGACACAAGGGUCUGUUUCAAUAAAUUUCUGUUCAUUUUCCAUCCAAUGAGCAAAUGAACAUUUCAUCAAUGUGUAGUGUGCAAUAAAUGAACUAAUGUUAAAACGAACGGUGAGCAUAACUCAACGGAAUAUAUGUAUAGCUGUACUAUAAGAUUAUUUAUUGAUUUCGUUGAAUGUUCCUUUGCCUCUGCUCACGGUUACGUUGUGAAUGAUGUAAAUAUAACUGCGCUAGUAUUACACAAGAAACAAAUUGCUUUAAACUCAUAUUCCCACAGCCAGAGGAAUUGGAAAGAUGAACGCUAUAACGACUGAACGUUUCAAAAGAUUGUUGACUAGAAAUGCGUAAUGAAACUGAUUGUGCGCUUGUUAAUAUCGAGUAUUUGCCAAAGAUCUACUUUCUAAAUUCAGUUACAAAUCCAACUUGAGUUUAUCCUCCAACGAUCGAAAUAUCUUUAGCGACUGACACAAAGUGUAAUUCAAUCUAGCGUAAUUAAACAAUGAAGUGCUUGAAGUUUUAUCACCUAUACAAAGUUAAGUUUGAGUAUGGAAAUUUAUUUAGACAGCUAGUAGUUUGAUUCCAAGCAUGUAUUGAUGCAUAUCUUUUAGGGUUCGAAAGCACUAGAAAAUCAAGAGAGAAAAUGAACAACAAAAUCACAAAGUCUUCCUUCAAACGAAAUGUUAAUUAAACCAUGAUUCCCAUUCAUUCUCAGAUACCUUCUAUCGUGGUGAACUAGGGCAAUGUCAACUUUAAUGAUAAUAAUGGUAUUGAAUAGCAGCUUGAGUAAAAGCUCUACUUCACCAUCAUGUAUAUUACAUCUCGAGAGUGAAGGGAAUCAUAAAUCGUAUAUUAAAGCAACUUAAGAAGAACAAAUCAUACUAAUUAGUUGCUUGAUUUGUUGAAACAGAACAAACUUGUUUAAUCAGUAACAAAACAACAACAUUGACACAUGUAUCAUUAGAGAAAAUUUAGAAAAAAAGAAAAAAAAAACACAUGUAAUUUCAAAUUGAAACUCCAACGAAAGCAUCUCCCAAACGUGAACGGUGUCGCGUAAGCUCGCCGAUGGUUUUAACAAAAAAAAAAAAAUCAACAUAAGCGUGAGUAAUAAUGUAUAUGAAACAAUUGUCGUGAGACAACAUCGAAAACUAAGAAUCAAAUUAAACUUUGACAGCCCACUAACUAUAGACCACUAUGCCAACUAAGACACAAUAGAUGUUAUGUGUUGUUUAAACGAAAGAUAAACCAGGAAAUGCAAUUGUGAAAUAUGCAAAGAAAAAAGUUAAUAAAUAUCUGUAACCCACAA